CUCCCACGGCUUCAACUACCAUCUCUAUGCUGAUGACACGCAAAUCUAUCUGUCUACCCUUCACCUCACCCCUUCAGUCUCCACCCGCAUCGCUAGCCUACUAAGUGACAUAUUGGCUUGGAUGUCACUUCGCUUCCUCAAACUCAACCUUUCCAAAACUGAGUUCCUAGUUUUCCCCCCAUCCCGUGCCACCUCCACUGACUUCACCAUAAAUAUCGAUAACACUAUCAUCAGUCCCUCCCCUCAUGCCAGCGUUCUAGGAGUAAUCCUAGACUCCCAUCUGUCCUUCCAGCCCCAGAUCCAAUUGCUGACAAAAUCAUGUAGACUUCACCUCUGCAACAUCUCCAAGGCCUCGACUAUUGCAGCUCCCUCCUCAUUGGCCGACCUCAUUGCAGGCUAUCCCCCCUUCAGUCUAUCAUAAAUGCUGCUGCCAGAUUCAUCCACAUUACUAACCGUUCUGUAUCCGCCACCCCUCUCUGCCAAUCCCUCCACUGGCCUCCACUCAGUGUUCUCAACUCUCUCUGCCAAUCCCUCCACUGGCUUCCCAUUCAGUGUCCUCCACCCCUCUCUGCCAAUCCCUCCACUGGCUUCCCAAUCAGUGUCCUCCACCCCUCUCUGCCAAUCCCUCCACUGGCUUCCCAAUCAGUGUCCUCCACCCUUCUCUGCCAAUCCCUCCACUGGCCUCCACUCAGUGUCCUCCACCCCUCUCUGCCAAUCCCUCCACUGGCCUCCACUCAGUGUGUCCUCCACCCCUCUCUGCCAAUCCCUCCACUGGCUCCCAGUUGCCCAA